AUGGACGGACCAAACCCCGUCCCCAGAGCAAGGGAUAAUCGCCGCAAGUUUAUCGAACUCCGAUGUAUCAAGUAUCAUCAGGACACCGAUCGCUGGCACGACGUGGAUCACACCAAGAAGGAAUUGACCCGGAUCCUUGGCAUGUACCUCGACCUGGAGACCCUAGAGUUCAACUGUGGAGUCAGCAGCUCAUUCCCAGUCUUAUUUCUCGUUCAAACCCUCGUCCAAAAUAACAUCCAGGUCCAGAUGUUGCCACGGUCCCGUCAUUACCGCCACCAGACCUAUGAGUCCAAGACAACUUUGGCCAGCCACGACCCACCGCUGCACAAGUUGGAUCUCGGAGAUUAUUUUUCUGCUGGGAUGAGUGUCCAACGGAUGGACCUCCAAGCCCUUGUCGACAACAACAACACCAACAACAACAACAAUACCACCGCUAUAGCAACUUCUGGAUCCGUUCCGUCUCCAGUCAUCCUCAUCUCGACAACUUUGGAAGAAGUGGCUCGUACAAUCACCGUUCAUUUGGAGACCAUGUCUGACCAGGUUCUCCUCGAUGCAGUCAGAGAUGUUGUCUUGUACCAGCAUUGGACGGUGACGGUGACGAGCGGUGGUGGUGCAGGACAAGCAGGAGGAGAGAUGAAGAUUGAGGUAUUGAUGGACCAUUCGAAGGAGGACAAGGACAGGAUAUUUGAUCACCUUGUGUUGGACACCAGGAACGUCCCGGUCCAGAGAGUGUUUGGCCUGUUGGGUCAGUUGAAUAGUAAGCGGUGA